UAGUUUCCUAUCGUUAGAUGUUUUCACGCACUUGCUCAGCACGUUCAACUGUUCAGGCAAUUUGGAGCAUUUCGCAAAGUAGAAUGUUGGCUUCCGGAAGAAUUCUCACAGUAGACGAUAUCAAGCAGGAUACGAAGAAUGGUGUGUUUUAUAUCCCCAUAGAGACGCACAAGGCUGAGCUCUUCUACCGUCAAGAGAAAUCGAUAAUUCACUUGGAUCACACAGAAGUUCCUGAGGAAUUGAACGGAAGAGGAGUUGGAAAAGUUCUCGCACAGGGUGCCUUCAAAUAUGUUGCUGAGAAGAACCUUAAAAUGAAAGUGCACUGUGAUUUCCUUCAACACUACCUGGAGAAAUACGGUUCUGAGUACAAGAAGUACGUCGCAUAG